GAGGAUCUAGAUGCCCUCCACUCUGCUGAAGCCUCGCGCUUCCAGUCAGUCAGUCGAGCGAGUGAGCGAGCGAGCGAGCGAGAGACUCGCUUUCUGCUGCUGCUGCUGCUCUCUGCCUCUCUGCCUCUCUGGACAUUUGUCCACAUCUUGUGAGCGUUUCUGAGCCUGACAGGUCGUCGCACUCCACGGGCUCCCUCCGUCCCUCGCCACGAUCUAUCAUCGAUCGGCAUCCCUCCAGAGGUCAUCAGAUCGACACCUCGUCAACGGUAUGAACAACAGCCAUCGCGAGGCCAUCUUGCUUGUCGAUGGUCUGUCUGGAUCAGAAGCUAAAGGCGUCUGACCUUCACUUUAUCAUCUCCGAAUGGCCGGACCAGGGCCUAUAACCACGAGCAGUCAGUGCUGAGGUCAACGAUUUCCAGGUUGUUCAUAGACGCGGAUCCUCGGGGGCAGAGACAGAGAGAGAGAGAUAGAGAGCGAGCGAGUGAGUGAGCUGGUCGGUCCAUAGAGGAUGCACUUUUCAAAAAUCCCAGCAGCCAAGCGAGCUUCAUAACUCAGCACCUGGAUUCCACUCGGCAGAGAGACGGAUCUGAGCUUGAGAUAUAGAAUAAUCCGGAAUUAUGGCCUCGAUGGUGAGCAGCAUCGACUUUCAGGAUCUAUGGCAGCGAGCACCAGCACUGGCGAUGGAUCUGGUGAAGGACCCGGAAUUCUGGAUUGCGCUCGCUGUCAUCACGGUAGCCUAUCUUAUAGUAUUGCCGUAUGUAAAACUCAUGGGCAAGAAACUGCCUCCUGGACCGCCAGUGUGGCCCGUGCUGGGGUCUCUCCCCUACCUCGGAGGGGAGCUGCACGAAGUGUUGUGGAGUCUAUCGAAAAAGUAUGGCGAUGUGAUGCGCGUCGGGCUCGGACAGUACAACUUGAUUGUUAUCUCGAGCGCCGAGGCUUCUGAGGAAUGUAUGAGGCUCCGAGACACGGAGUUCCAUCACAGAUCUGCCCGGACCAUCCAGCGCAGCGCAGCCAAGUACGUGGGACACGACGGCCAGGACAUUGUGUUCUCGGAUUACAAUGAUCAUCUCAGAAUGCUCCGCAAAGUCUGCACCACCGAGCUUUUCACAGUCGCCAGGAUGAACAAAUCUGCCCAGCUUCGGGGAUUGGAGCUCCGAAGGCUAUUGCGAACAGUACAAUCGUUCCAUGAAAAAGGAGAGCCCAUGGAAGUGAGAGACCACUUUCACAGUUUGACGAUGAACGUCAUGUGCCUGAUGAUGUUCGGAAAGCGGUACUACGGAGCAGAUCUUCCCGUGACGCAGGAGCUGCAGAACUUCCAGAGGCUUAUCAGAGACACCUUCGACAACGCCGGGAGGCUGAACCUGUCGGACCUGGUGUGGUUCCUGCGACCAUUCGAUCUGCAAGGCAUCAAUAAGACUCUGGGCGACAUUCGAAUCCGCUCAGAAAAGCUGUAUGGAAUGAUCAUUCAGGAGCAUCGCGAGCGCAGAGUCAAGGCAGAGGCAGCCGGAUCCUUCGCAACCGACGACAAGGACGCGAUGGACUUCGUCGAUGUCCUCAUCACUCCGACGGACGAGCGCAGCCACAUCUCCGACAAAGCCAUCACCGGCCUCUUGCACGACAUGGUUUUGGCAGGCACGGACACAUCGGCCACGACACUGGAGUGGGCUUUGCUGGAGUGCGUUCGGAAUCCGGACAUGCAGAAGAAACUGCACGAGGAGCUGGACAGGGUGAUCGGCAGAGACAGGCCAGUGGAGGAGUCGGACAUCCAGAACCUCCCGUACCUGAACGCGUUCAUCAAGGAGGUUUUCCGGAUGCGCACGACGGGUCCCAUCACGCUGCCCCGCUUGAACGAGAAGCCAUCGACUUUGGGCGGCUAUUACAUCCCUGCGAACUCCACCGUCUUCGUCAAUAUCUUCGCCAUCGCCCACGACCCUCGGUACUGGGACAAGCCCAUGGAAUUCAACCCGGACAGAUUUCUGAACUCCAACAUCGGGCUCCUGGGCAACGACUAUCAGCUGACUCCUUUCGGCGCAGGACGCCGUAAAUGCGUGGGCAUGGCAUUGGGCACGGUGAUGGUGUUCCGAAGCUUGGCCACUCUGAUGCACGCGUACGAGUGGUCCCUUCCCGAGGGCACCACCCCUGAAACCUUGGACACCAGUGCCAAGUACCUGCUCGUCCUCCGCAACGCCGUUCCUCUUCGUGUCAAUGCCAAACCCAGACUACCAAGCAGAAUAUAUUUCGAUCAGUAGAGACGUGGCCGCUGAAGGAGGACGAAGAAGAGAGAGAGAGAGAGAGAGAGAUAGAGAGAGAGGGAGAGAAAGAAUUGACUCGCAGUGCCCGUGGAACAUGGCAUUUUUGUUCAUCAUUAUUCAUCCUCACCUCUGACAUCAGCCCAGCGUCUCGAGAACGGCGAGAUGCGAACUAGGAGCGAGGAGAAAUAAUGAGUGACGGGCACAAUUUAUGAAACUUCGAGAUGCUACGUGUACAGAAGUCUCUCUCUAGCCUCACCGACAGCGAUGCCAGACAGCUCAUUACACUUCCCACUUCUGGCUGGGACAGUCCUUGAUCAUAUUGUGGCGAAUUUCGUGGGACUGGAAUGGAUAUGGAUUGUUGAAGUCUUCCAGCUCGAGGAUUGUUGUUUAGUCGUGGACACCGAGCUCAUGGGAGAGUAGAGGCUUAUAUGCACCUGGAUAUUUCUCGGUGAACAGGUACGAUUCAGAAGCACGAGCAUAGAGCAGGAAAUCUCUCCUCGGCUUCAUUUGUAUAUAAUUGACAUUUAUUUAUCGAGCCUAUGUAUACCUGCAGCGGUAGAAUCAUCUAGCUUGAGAAACUGUCUAGUAUCUCACCCUUCGUAUGGUGCAAUGAAAAAAUGUGAAUCAUGAACCGGGAAUUUCCGAGCGUGUCGAUCAUGAUUCAUGAAAGUGC